AGCAAUAAUAACAACGCGUUUUGGGAAAAAAAACUCAUAAUUUUUAAAACUAACCCUCUAUCUAAUACGCGCAAAUACAGAUCCGCAAAAUGCUAUAAGACAAGCACAAAUUGCUCAUCAUUUGGAUCCCAUGCCCUUUCUCUCUCUCUACUCCCACUUUCUCUCUCUAAACUCCCUUAUUUUUCUCAACCAUACUAGCUACCAAGUUGCAAUGCCAACCAUUUUGUUGAGGAUUUUCCUUCUUUACAACCUCCUAAAUUCAAUCCUCCUCUACUUGGUACCCAAGAAGCUCAGGACUUAUCUCCCAACUUCUUGGUACCCUCAACAAACCAACCUCGUCGACACCAAAAACACACCCUCUCCAUCUCCAUCUCCGUUGCCGUCAUCGGCUCACAUUCGCCGUAAAAUGGAGACCGACGAGCUCCGGAGGGUUUUCCAAAUGUUCGAUCGGAACGGGGACGGCCGGAUCACCAAGAAGGAGCUGAAUGACUCGCUGGAGAACAUGGGGAUCUUCAUGCCUGAUUCGGAGCUGACGCAAAUGAUCGCGAAGAUCGACAUUAACGGAGACGGGUGCGUUGACAUCGACGAGUUCGGCGCGCUGUACCAGUCGGUGAUGGAAGAGCGCGACGAGGAAGAGGACAUGAGGGAGGCGUUCAACGUGUUCGAUCAGAACGGGGAUGGGUUCAUCACGGUUGAGGAGUUGAGGUCGGUGUUGGCUUCGCUUGGGCUCAAGCAAGGACGGACGGUGGAGGAUUGCAAGCGGAUGAUCAUGAAGGUGGAUGUGGACGGUGAUGGGAUGGUCAAUUUCGUCGAGUUUAAGCAGAUGAUGAGAGGCGGUGGUUUUGCUGCACUGGGUUGAAAAAUAUUUAUUUAUUUAUAUAUAUUGUUUUUUUGGGUGAGGUGGGUUUUAAUUCAUGGGUUGUAAAUAUUUUUUUUUAAAAAAAAAUUGGUCGCAACUCUGAUUUCAGCAUUUGCUUAAACAGUUUUACGGAUGCUUAAAUCCACGACAUUGUGAGUAUUUGUCAUUGAGAUUUCAACAUUUGUUAAAGACAAGAAAUGUGUUAAAACUUUGCUCAUUUGGCUCCAAUUCAACCACGAUUUCGUCGAAAUGAUUGCGGAGACACACGCGGGAUGCGUGGAUGAAGAAUGGAAGCCUGAGCCGCCCAUUGACUGCCUCGAGUUAGGGAGAGAAGCAAGAUGAGCCGGUGAAAAUGUUAUUGUCAAGGAAUGUCUGUAUGUAGUAGUUGAUUGGAUUAAAUGUAUUUUUCAGCAUUUUAAGAUUGAAUAUUUGUCAUUUUUUAGCCA